ACGAACCUGAGUGAGUGAGGGUGGUAGUGACGGUGCUGCUCAGCCUGCAACUCUCAUCUAGAUCGUGUAGUCGUUUGGAGUUAAAACCCGUAAAUUAUGUAUCUAAAUUCAACUUCCGUGUGACAAGUACAUGUCACCAGCAUCAGCGAGUUCUUGACUUACUUAUAAAAGCAGCAUUUUAUACCUAAGGGUAAUUGAGAGCGUUGAACCCAUGGAGGAGAAUGAAGGGAACAACAUGGCAGAAGGAAGCAGGGACAGCCAGGCUGACGGAGAGAAAAUGAUGAAGUCGUGGUUCUCCGAUAACCUCAUCAGUAUCAUCAUCGUUUUGGCUCUGUUUUGGCUUAUCAAGAAAAUUGUGUUCGGGACACAACGCAGGUGGUUUUCCUAUGUGAUGCAUUUGUGCACUAAGGAUGAAUUCGUGCAGCUGGAGGAGGUGAAGAAGGACCACUUCGCCAGCCUCUCUACCAUCGUCUCCCACGACCCGCAACUUCGUAAGCAAAAGGUCAUCAAGAUCCUCGAAAUUGGCGUUGGAACUGGAGUCAACUUCCCUCACUACCCAGACGGCAGCCACCUAGUGGUGGUGGACCCAAACCCACACUUCCAGUCCUACUUCGAUGCUAACAGGAAGAAGUUCCCCAACAUUCACAGUGAAGGAAUCAUAGUUACAACAGGGGACAAGAUGGAAAUGAUCAGUGACAACAGUGUGGACGUGGUGGUAAUGACUCUCGUCCUCUGCAGUGUGGACAACAUUGACGAGGUCCUCAGGGAGAUCCUUCGUGUCCUGGCGCCCGGCGGUAAGUACUACUUCAUGGAGCAUAUAGCUGAGUUCGACCUGAAGAAACAUUGGCUUCGAAGAAAACUUCAGGACGCUUUCUCGUGGUUAUGGUCAUUCAUCUUCGAUGGCUGCCGCCUCAACUGUGACGUGCUACCCAACAUACAGAGAGCUGGCUUCUCCUCGGUCGACGCGCAGAAGUAUUAUGCUCCAGUUCCCAGUGUCAUCUUCGAUCUCGAAAGACCUAAUCUGAAAGGAAUUGCUGUCAAAUAGAGGCUUUUACCUGGAAACUCUCUUUAUCCAUAUCUGCUGUGACAUUAGGGGGGAAAAUGGUAACACAGAAAGUUGUUGAAUUAAAAUGUCCCAAAAAUUA